CACUGCCAGGCCGACUUCCCGGAGGACAGACAUGAUCAUCUUCUAUUUCUUGGUCCUUGUUGUGGGUGUGAUGGGGCCGGGAACCGCACCGCCUUCUAUCUGACCGCAUGUCACCCUUCUCUCCCCCUCCAGGACCCUCCCUUGAAGAUUUCAUGUUUUGUCGCCUGGGAAAUAGCGGUCCUCAUACCUCAGCCUGGGAAUACAAUAAUUACCCCAUCCCUGAAGAAUAUAAGAACAACAUUUAUUUACGGCUGGGGCUGGGAAUGAUAGCUUCCUGCCCGAUAAUCCCAAAUCUGAAUAUUGUGAAAAAUUUUCGGGGGCAUUACCUGCUGACGUGUAUGAGAGAGGCGGACGCCAGGUUCCCGGGAUGUGACUUGUACUAUUGUCAUGCAACAAGGCGUUUCUACAUAUCGGCCCUCCUUUCCGCUCUUCCAGAUAAACUCGGAUCACAAGACUGGAAGGACAAAGUAACAGAUAUUUUUGAAGGGGUGCCUGGAGUACAAGAGUGGCUGAACAAAAGUGAGGAAUUCUGGGCAGGGCUUCAAAGACCACGAGACUGGAAAAUAGAAACUGGAGAUUUCUUGAAAAAUGUGACUGAAGAACAGGACUUUGUGGGAAACUUCAAGAAAUAUUUUACAGGUAACAUAACCAAUCCUAUCUGUGAAGAGGAGAAGGAAGAAGAAGAUAAGGACGAUGAUAACAAUGACAAAGUUAGAAAUUCUGCUUACCGUCCGGAAAUUCUGAAGAUUGUCCUCCCUUGUCUGGCUGUGGUGUACAUUCUGGCGGUCUGCUCUUUUUUUUCUAUGGAGGUGGAAUAAAAAAACUUCAACGAUACGGCUGGGGUCAUCCAGAAUCCUCUGUAAGCCCCUUCUGGAGUUGGGGUCCCAGGAUGAGCGUCCGGCAGAAGGACAAUAGAGCUUCCUACAAUUCCCAGCCCAACUCCCAACCCAACCCAACCCAACCCAACCCAACUCAACUUCCAACCCAACCUAACCCAACUUCCAACCCAACCU